AUGUCAAAAGCAUCACACAUCAUUACCGAGAAGGAAGCCGAAAAUCUUGGCAAUAUCUACUAUACCCCGGAACAUCUGUGGGUUGGACGGAAAGCCGUCAAAUUAAUUACGAAGGAGAGCGGUCUCUCCAAAAAGAAGGUAAUGCAUUGGCUUAGUAGGAAACUCCUAUUUCUCCGGCAUAUCAAGGGUCCAAAACGUAUCGAUUAUCCACACUUUACCAUUACGAGACCCAAGGAGAUGCACCAAUUUGAUCUUUUAUAUAUGCCCCAUGAUCGGCUGUGUGGCAAUACGUACAGGUACAUCCUAACCGGCAUCGAUGUAGCCUCGCGUUAUAAGGUAGCAAGACCCUUACGAACAAAGAAGGCCAGCGAGGUCGCGGAUAUGUUUAAGGACAUAUACAAAGCGGGACCUUUACACUACCCUAAAACUUUUCAGUGCGAUAAUGGUGGUGAGUUCAAAUCAGAUGUGGGCAAGCUCCUGGAAGGUAAGGGUGUUGAAAUUAAGAGGGCUACCACCAAGUACCACCAUACAUUCACGGCCUUUGUUGAAAGCUACAACAAGGUCCUUGCAGAGAGACUAUUUAAACCACAAGAUGCACAGGAGUUGGUUUCCGAGGAGGCUAGCAGUACAUGGGUCAAGCACCUGUAUACAAUCGUCAAAAGCCUUAAUAAUACCAAGACUACCAUGAUCGAUAUUAGGCCUAACAAAGCGAUCAAAUUGGAUGAUGUACCACUCGCAAAAAGCGAGAAAUAUCCCGAUGAAAAGCCCCUACCCGAGGAUGGUUUAUACUUGUACCUCCUGCAACCCGGGGAAGAGUAUGGUGACUCUAAAAGACGCGCCACUGAUGCCUUCUGGAAUAAAAAGACGUACAGACUUGACCGUAUUGUGACAGGUAGUCGUGUGCUAUACUAUUUGAAAGACGGCUCCGAAAGAAGCUUCGUCUUAGAAGAACUCAUGCAGGUACCGGAGGAUGUUAAAGUGCCUCCACAAUAUGUGAAGGAGUGGUAUUAUAAUUUUUACUACCUCAAGGGUAGUAAUAAUUAG